ACGAGAUUAUAACAGAUUUCAUCCCGCUGUUUGAAACCAGUUCGCUUGGUUUGCGCUCAUUUUUUGCUCCUCUGUCUUCUACUCGAGUGACAUCAGACUAAGAUCUCAAGACCUGCAGGCUACCUGCAUGAUUCUUAAUGCAAGAUUCUUCAAAACUAUUUUCUAAGGUGGUCCACGUUCUGACGUCCAGUAUAAGUAAAAAAAAGAGGUUAAAGUACGGUGAAGAAUGAGGAGGGGAAUUGGUUACUUACGAUGCAAUAAAACCAAACCAUAAUCUCUCAUAAUCACUAGAGAAUAAAGACGAUUUUGUUUGUCGAAGUGAAAACUAAGGGAACGAUGGGGAGAAAGAAGAUCCAGAUCACACGCAUAAUGGAUGAGAGAAACCGACAGGUAACUUUCACAAAGAGAAAGUUCGGUCUGAUGAAGAAGGCGUACGAGCUCAGUGUUUUGUGUGACUGUGAAAUAGCCCUGAUAAUCUUCAACAGUUCCAAUAAGCUCUUCCAGUACGCCAGCACGGACAUGGACAAGGUGUUACUCAAGUACACCGAAUACAAUGAGCCCCAUGAGAGCAGAACCAACUCUGAUAUCGUGAAAGUGUUAAACAAGAAGGAACAGAGAGGCUGUGAAAGCCCAGACCCGGACACUUCAUAUGUCAUCACCCCUCACACAGAAGAGAAAUAUCAGAAGAUCAACGAAGAGUUUGACAAUAUGAUGAGAAAUCAUAAAAUCCCGGCUGUUUUAGGCCAGCAGACUUUCUGUCUGCCCAUCACUUUGCCCGUUAGCAACCCGGCUUCACUCUCCUACAGUACGGACAGCUCACUGGACACCCCGGCGUCUCUCAGCGGGACGGGUGUACUGUCCCUGUCCUCUAGUGGUCUCCAGAACACUGAUUCUGCCCCUGUCCUGGAUGGUGUGCCGACCUCCUCCGUUGCCACAUCUCCAAAUGGUGUUCACUCCCCCCUGUGGAGUUUCAUCCAACUCAGCACCAGUCUCUACUUUUUGUAUUCAGCAAACGGCUCCAUCGGUAGUUCUGAAGGAAGAGCCGUACAGCAAAAAUCUUCAUUGCUGACGGGCCGAAGACCUGAGCUGAAAGUACGCAUCCCUCCUGUUCGCAGCGGCUCUCCAGGGAGAGUAAACAGCCCCCAAUCCAACCAAUCACUCAGCACGCCAGUGGUUUCCGUGGCAACCCCAAGUCUGCAUCCCCAGGGCCUUGUUUACUCAGCCAUGACCUCAUCUUAUGAUACAGAUUUUGCCCUGAACAGUGCAGAACCAAGUACUUUACAUGGCUUCAGUUCACCAGAGUGUAUCACGUCAGGUCCAGAGUCAUCAUGGGAACAUUGUCAGUCGGUUCAAACAGGGUUCAGUACUCAAAGAACCACACAUCCACAACCCUUCGAUUCAAACUCCAUCAUCAUCAAAUCAGAGCCAACCUCUCCACCCAGAGAACAUGCCCACUCGCUGUACCCCAACAUCCACAUCGUGCCUCUUCCCGACACCACACAGGAAUUAGGACGUUCUCCUGCAGACAGCUUCAGCUCCUCUGGCAGUUCAUACGAGGGUAGCGACCGUGAGGACCAGCGGGUGGACUCUCUCCCAGUUACUGUGACCCAGAGACAUGGGAGUAGAUCAUCGCCAGGUACGGAAGACCAGGAUGACCCAUCAUUCAAACGCAUGCGAACUGACAGCUGGGUGACUUAAGACCAAGACUGCUUCGAAGUAACAAUAAAUUAAGUUUUUGUGUUGCAAAUAUGGGCGCUGCUGUUGUAUCCUGCGUUGUGCAGCAAAUAAUGUGAAGACACAUUCGUUAAAAACUGAUGUUUCUUUGAAGAGGAAAUACUAAGACGGUUCACGUAAUUGUAUACUGGUAACAGGGUAAACAAACUAAAUUAUUCAGUGUCUGUAACUUUAGCUUGUCGUAUUAUUUACAAGCCAAAUGUAUAAUUUUAUCUUGUGAUUCCUUUAUCAGAGCAACAUAAUUAUAUUGACUGACACUAACUGUUUCUCAGCGUGUUUGAGUUGAUUUCCUAGUUAUGAAGUUUUAUGAGAACUAACAGCUGAUAAAAUAGAAAAUGUAUGGCAUGGUUACUUACAGGUAACUUUCAGGUGAACUUCAGGUAUAUAUCAACUGGCGAACUUCAAAUGACACUUUUAGUUCCGCUAAGUUUGACGAUACUGGAUUGGUUUCAUCAGCUGUCACUUAAAGGUGCUGUGUGUAAUUUUUUGGAAGAUCUUUUGACAGAAUUGCAAUAUAAUAUACAUAACUAUGUCUUUAGAGGUGCAUAAAGACCUUACAUAAUGAAGCGUCAUGUUUUUAUCAGCUUAGAAUGAGUAAUUUCUAUCUGCAUACGCAGCGGUUCCCCUUACAUGGAAUUUGCCAUGUUGUU